AAAGAAAUACAAUAUGAUUUAAAAAUUACCUCUCGAUAUUUUAUUUUAACUCUGUAUAAUGAUUUUCUUUUAUUUUGAAUACAUAUUUUAUGCAGUACAUCAAGAUGUCUGCGCUCAGUCGCUUUCGCCCUGGCAGAUCGUUUAACAACUUGUUUGCUAUUACGCAGGUAUCCCAACGAAGAUGCAACAGUAAAAAUACAGACCAACAUCCUGAAACUCCCAAAUAUGGAGAAUAUGAUAAUCCACCCAAGAAAGGUGCUAUUUAUGAUAAAAAGCCAUUUCCCAUUGAAUUAGAAGCUGGGAAGAAAUAUUCAUGGUGUACUUGUGGCUGGAGUAAAUCUCAGCCAUUCUGUGAUGGAUCCCAUAAAGAAAUCCUAAGAAUGACAAACCCAAGAGCAAAAGUUGUCAACUUUAAACCAACCCGCUUUGAAGUGACAGAAAGUAAGAAGUAUUGGCUUUGUAUGUGUAAACAAACAAAUAACAGACCAUUCUGUGAUGGAAGUCAUUUAAGUGAGGAAGUCCAGAAGAAAAUGACAUACAGCUGAUUAAUGAAAUUAUAGGAAAAUUUGUAUACAUUUGUUGUGCAUUGCAUUUAUUACCGAUUUUUUUUGUAAAUGUCAGGGUUGUCUAGGCCAAAAAGAACAGAUUAUGUAUUUAAUUUCAAAGAUUAAAAUUAUAAAUAAAAACA